AUGUCCCGCUCUGUGGCCUGUCUUCUGCUCCUCACGGGUCUUCGGAGCAUCUGUGCUCAGAACUUCUAUGAGGACAGAACAGUGGGAAGGAAGGUCAAGAACAAGCUGCUGACCACGAAUAACAUACCAAAGCAUUAUGGACAAGCAAUCUUAGAUGAGGACUGCAGUCUGGAACUGGCCUUCCUGCUAGACAGCUCUGAGAGUGCCAAGGGCAACCAUGAGCAAGAGAAGCAAUUUGCUACUGACGUGGUGGACCGGUUGCAGGGUUUCCGGCUCAAGACAGGGCGGAGCCUCAGCUUGAGGGUGGCCGUGCUGCAGUACAGCAGCCAUGUGAUCAUUGAACAAACCUUCAAGCAGUGGAGGGGCACAGAGAACUUCAAAACCCACAUCGCACCUAUCGCCUACAUCGGCCAUGGCACCUACACUACCUACGCCAUCACCAACUUGACUCGGAUUUACCUGGAGGAGUCUUCCCUGGACAGCAUCAAGAUGGCUGUGCUGCUGACUGAUGGCGUCACUCACCCCCGGAACCCCGACAUCUUCUCCGCCAUUGCGGAUGCCAAGAACCAAGGUGUUCGUCUCUUCACUAUAGGCAUCACUCCCACAGCCAAUGAGCCCACCAGUCUGGCCAAGUUACGUGUGCUAGCCAGCUCCCCAGCCUCAAGCUUCGUCCAUAACUUGCAGGACCCUGGCAUUGUGGAGUCGGUGGUCAAGGAAAUUGCAGAGGUGGCUAAUGAAGAGUGUCCCCUAGCUGAGAGAUGUACCUGUGAAAAAGGGGAGCCGGGACCCAUAGGCCUAGCUGGGAAGAAGGGUCGCCCGGGUGAUGAUGGAGCUCCGGGUCCCAAAGGGCAGAAGGGGGAAAGUGGUCUGAGUGGGCUUCCAGGUCGAGACGGGUUUGACGGUAAAGCUGGUUACAAAGGAGACAAGGGUGAAAGAGGAGAAUGUGGAAUUCCAGGAAUUAAAGGAGACAGGGGUCCUGAAGGUCCAACUGGAGCACAAGGAAUCAGAGGACCUCAGGGGAUGCCAGGUCCGCAAGGCGACAUUGGGCCUGAAGGGCCCCAGGGAAAGAAAGGAGAACGUGGACCUCUUGGUCCCCCUGGAAUUCAAGGGGAAACAGGCCUUGGUCUUCCGGGGCCAAAGGGUGAUGUAGGACACCAGGGGAGACCUGGACCUCCUGGUCUUCCAGGCAUUGGUGAACCAGGUUCUCCUGGACCCCAAGGUCCACAGGGGAUUCAAGGAGAAAAAGGACCACCGGGAGAAGGCUUUCCUGGACCAAAGGGUGAUCGAGGGCUGGAGGGGCCACGGGGGCUCCGAGGGCAGCCAGGAAUAGGAAUCAAGGGAGAAAAGGGUGAGCUGGGGCUGCCAGGUUUUCCAGGGCCAACUGGACUUCCUGGAGUGGGCAUCCAAGGGGAGAAGGGUGUUCAGGGUCCCCGGGGACCACCGGGAAGCAGAGGCAUACCAGGAGAGGGCCUCCCAGGCCCCAAGGGCGAUCAGGGCUUACCGGGAGAGUUCGGAGCUCCAGGAGAGAGAGGGACUGGUGAACCUGGAACAAAGGGAGAGCCCGGGGCUCCAGGGCUGGCUGGCUUGCCUGGUCUUCCAGGAGAGGAUGGUGCCCCUGGACAGAAGGGAGAACCAGGUAUGCCUGGUCUGAGGGGGCCGGAGGGGGCAGCAGGGAUUGGCAGCCAGGGCGAGAAGGGAGACCAGGGUUCAAGGGGUGUGCGUGGACUACCUGGGCCACCUGGUAUUGCAGGGCCUUCUGGACCAAAGGGGGAGCCUGGUACCCCAGGUAGGCUUGGAAUGCCAGGUCUUCCUGGUCGUGCCAUUGCAGGACAAAAGGGUGACACUGGCCCCCCGGGACCCACCGGACCACCAGGAGAGACAGGCUACGGAUUACCUGGUCCCAAGGGUGACCAUGGCAGCCCAGGUCCACCGGGUCCACAUGGGCCCAAAGGUGAUGGGUACCCAGGUCCAACUGGUCCUCCAGGACUUCCAGGUCUACCGGGAGAGCAGGGACCAGAGGGAAUAGGAAUUCCAGGACCAAAGGGGGAUAUUGGAUUCAGGGGUCUCCCAGGGCUACCUGGGCCUCCAGGCGAGGGGCUUCCUGGACCACAGGGUAAUGUGGGACGACCAGGACCACCUGGAUCAACAGGUCCUCCUGGGGAGGGUCUGCCAGGCCCCAAGGGUGAGCAAGGAUCUCAGGGUAUGACAGGGCCUAGGGGACCUCCAGGAGAAGGAUUAGCAGGGGUCAAGGGGGACCGUGGCUUCCAGGGUGAGAGAGGAUUAAAGGGCACAAAGGGAGAUGUUGGCGAUCCUGGCGUCCCUGGUCCAUUAGGACUUCCUGGGAUCAAAGGUGAAACAGGUCUCACUAAAGAAGACAUCAUUAAACUGAUCAAAGAAAUAUGUGGUUGUGGCAUCAAGUGUAAAGAGAGGCCCAUGGAGUUGGUGUUUGUCAUCGACAGCUCAGAGAGUGUUGGGCCAGAGAACUUUGAAAUCAUAAAAGACUUUGUCUCUGUUCUGGUGGACCGGGUCACCGUGGGCCGCAACGCCACCAGGAUAGGCCUGGUGCUCUACAGCCUGGACAUCCACAUGAAGUUUAACCUGGCCCACUACAUGACCAAGCAGGAUGUUAAGCAGGCUAUCAGGAAGAUGCCCUACAUAGGCGAGGGCACCUACACAGGCACUGCCAUCCGACGAGCCACACAGGAAGCCUUCUAUGGUGCCCGCAGCGGGGUCAGGAAAGUGGCCAUUGUCAUCACCGAUGGGCAAACUGACAAGCGUGAACCAGUCAAGUUGGACAUUGCUGUGCGGGAGGCCCAUGCUGCCAACAUUGAGAUGUACGCAAUAGGGAUUGUCAAUAGCACCGAUCCCACCCAGACAGAGUUCCUUCGUGAACUCAACCUGAUUGCUUCUGAUCCUGACAGUGAACACAUGUACCUCAUUGAUGACUUCAACACUCUCCCAGCACUUGAGUCCAAGCUUGUCAGCCAACUCUGCGAGGACGAAAAUGGAGCUCUUGUGUAUAAUCAUAUCACAAAUGGUUAUGGAAACAAUGGCUAUCUCAAUAAUGGGCAUGGUAAAAAUAGCUUUGGGAACAAUGGCUUUGGGAUUGACAACAAGCUGAAAAACAGCCAUGAGACCACCCUCAAGGAGGAAGGCCAGACUGGGAGACACACCACAACCACAGGGAGGGGAGACAGUCUGCUGGUGCCUGUUCAACCCAAAAUCGCCAUUGUACAUGUCGAAGUGGGGGAAGAUGCAGCCCUUAGGCCCUUGGCGAAAGGAUCCAGCACAGUGGAGAAGACCACAGGACACCCUCCACCCAAUGCACCCAUCAGGAGAAUCUCAGCAGGAAGUCCAGCAAUUUUAUCAUCGACAUCAUCGUCAUCAACGUCAUUUUCUUUUUCCUCUUCCUCAGUCAAUCUGAGGCCUGCCCCUCACCCAUCGAUGCCUCAAGGACCCAUUUCCCUGGACCCCCGAUGUGGUUUGGUUCUAGAUCCAGGGUCUUGCCGUGACUAUAUCAUCCGCUGGUACUACGAUAAGCAAGCCAAUGCCUGUGCACAGUUCUGGUACGGAGGCUGUGAUGGAAACGGUAACCGCUUUGACACAGAGAAUGAAUGCACAAAGAUAUGUGUGCUACCCAGAUCAGGAAACUAAAAAUAGUCAGCAAUGGGUCAUUCUUCAAAUCUCUGGAUCUGAAGGAUCAAUAUGU